AUGCUAUCCUAUCAGCGAUUCGCCUUCCUCGUUAUACUUAUCAUCUUCACCACCGCAGCUGCCCCGAAUCCCCUCCCCAGCAACACAUCUGCCAACAUCAUCAAUCUCCCUUACAAUCUCAGUACCGCUAUAGUCAUUGAUACAUUUACCAAUCCACAGUACAACGCCCUGGGCUUCUGGCACGGAGGCCUCGAGGGGCUCACCAUGGAAUACGGUCAGCACUACGUCCGUCUCUACCCCAAAGACGCCGACCACAACUACAACACUCAGCUGUCCCCAGCAACCUGCUUCAACCUCCUCCCCUACCGAACCACACACUACUUGCACAUCCACUUCAACGGCAGCACCAAGUUUAGCGUCUCCCUCUCGCAAAACAACGUACAUUGUGACUCGUCCCGCAGCCCGUUCCCCGAGACGUGGGACUCGGUUGAAGCCUCGCGCUAUGCGCGCGGCAACGACAUCUAUAUCCCCCUCUGGCACUUUUACGUAGACCAUUCGCGGGCUGUCGCGGUCUCGCUUAGUGGGUUCUACUCGACAGAGCCGGUGACGCUCUAUCGGGUGGAGAUUGUCAGCGCCGGCAGUGUACCGCGCGGGUUUCCGAUUCCACGUCGGGUGGACAAUGGGCGGGUAUUGCUGAGAUGCUCUCGGCCCGGGUCAUUUGCGUUUGGGAUUGACGAUGGGCAGCCGAGGUUUGCGCAGGAGGUGAUGAAGAUCUUGGAGGAAGAGCAGGUUCUGGUGACGUUUUUUGUGGUCGGAAUGGGAUUGAGGGAUUUGGAGACCAAUUUCUCGAAUGUUUAUGGGGAGAUGCUGAGGAGGGGGCAUCAGGUGGCAUUGCAUUCGGAUACGCAUCGGAAACUGGAAGGGUUGCAAUCGGUUGAGGCCAUUGAUCAGGAGAUUGUGGAGAAUAUCAAGUCUUUCCGGCAGAUUCUGGGGAUUGAGACUCGCUACUUCCGUCCUCCGUACGGCACCCUUGGAGCGCGGACGCGUCAACGACUGGCAAACUAUAUCCAAGACCCCCAGAUCAUCAACUGGAGCGUGGACAUUGAGGACUGGUUAUGGGCCGACUCGAAAACCCCCGAGAAGCAGCGCGAGGCCUUUGUUCGAGACGUGAGGCGGGGGGCAACCUGGCUGUCAUGCAUUUCCUCAGUGAUACGAUUUGUGAAGAGCAGGAAUGCGACCAUCAUGCGCAUUGAUCAAUGUCUGGAGGAUCCACAAAGUCCGCCUCUGAAGAUUCCGGGCCUUUGA